AUGUCCUCGAGCUGUGAGCCGUUACAUUGGUGUGUUGACCAAGUCGACUCGAACCCAAAGGAACAGGCACCGACCGAUUCUAACUUCAAGGAGCAAGAAACGCUCAUCGACACGAACCAAACCUCAACACGGGAAUCUACCUACAAGUACGUUACAUUAAGUCUCAAAAAAAAAAAAACAAUGGCAACGAUCCUGUCCGCUCGCCAAGGACAAUUAACAAAGGCGAUCAAUCGCCUCGUAUUCACCUUAAAUAGCUAUCAGAACGAAAUAGAUACGUCAGUAGACCUUCCGUCCGAACAAGAUAGCAGAAUCGAGUACAUUACUGGACGGCAAAGGAAGAUAGAACACGCAAAAUCGGCCAUUGAACAUGAAAGAAACAGCGUCCAGACCGCGUUGGAUGCUUAUGCCAUGAUGGCAGACCAACUCCAGGAAAACCCUAACACGCAAACAAAAGACGAGCUGCAACGCACUGCCAAUAAGAACGUAGAAAAGGCAGUCGAGUACCUCGACGAGGCGGAACGCUGCCUCUCUAAACUCAUCGACAUAAGAAAAACGUUGGAAGACACCGAGUCAUACCCACGAAGGGAGUCAAAUGUCCAUCCACCUCUGGCGAAUCUGCCACCCAUCCCUAUUCCGAAAUUCAACGGAGACAUAAGGGAGUGGGAAGCAUUUUGGGGAGCAUUCAAUUACAAUGUGCACUCCCGCCGGAUGGGCGACCUCCAAAAAAUGACGUACUUGCUAGACGCCCUUCAGGGAGAGGCAAGAGAAUGCGUCAAACAAUACCAAGUAUCCCAAAGUACUUAUCCGAUAGUAAUACAGCAUCUGAAGGAAAAGUACGACAACAAACAAGCUCUCAUCCGUGAUUUGCUACAUAGACUACGUACAACAGAAGCAAAGACUGAACGCCUCGAAGAUCAAGAAAAAUUGUGUGAAACUCUUUACUCGAUAGUUGUUCAACUGCAGCAAAAAGGGGAACUCAUCGAUACUCUGCUCCUACAGCAAUUACUGUUAGAGAAAUUUACAAAAGAGAUUCAAAGGCAUGCUCGGCAAAAAAGACAACAGAGAGCAGAAGAGGCACGAACUUGCGAACUGCUAAAGGAUAUCAAAGACUACAUAAAAGAGGAACUAGAACUACGG